GUCGUGGCGGACAUUUUUGUCGUUGAGACUGACAGAAAACAGAAACCCUGCUCGAGCUGCCGUGACGAUAAUAACGCUUAAUUUUUUGUUGCCUCCAACGAAUAUCGAAGCAGCAAUCAUGUUCUACACAUGUGGACCCAAUGAAGCUAUGGUGGUUUCAGGCUUUGGCCGCUCUCCUCCACUAAUGAUCGCUGGAGGGCGAGUGUUUGUCUUCCCUUGUAUUCAGAAGCUCCAAAGAAUCACUCUGAACACUCUGACUCUAAAUGUGAAGAGCGACAAAGUCUACACCCGCCAUGGUGUCCCCAUCUCUGUCACUGGCAUUGCUCAGGUGAAGAUCCAGGGCCAGAACAAGGAGAUGCUGGCCACUGCCUGCCAGAUGUUCAUGGGAAAGGCAGAGCAAGAGAUUGCCCAUAUUGCCCUGGAGACCCUGGAGGGCCACCAGAGGGCCAUCAUCGCCCACCUGACUGUGGAGGAGAUCUACCAGGACCGCAAAAAAUUCUCCGAGCAGGUCUUCAAGGUGGCCUCCUCUGACUUGGUCAACAUGGGGAUCGGAGUAGUCAGCUACACCCUCAAAGAUGUCCAUGACGACCAGGACUACCUCCACUCUCUAGGUAAGGCCAGGACAGCCCAGGUGCAGAAGGAUGCCAGGAUUGGAGAGGCUCAGUACAAGCGGGAUGCAGUCAUCAGGGAGGCCCAAGCCAUGCAAGAGAAAGUGUCCGCUCAGUACAAGAACGAGAUUGAGAUGGCCAAGUCCCAGAGGGACUAUGAGCUGAAGAAGUCCGCCUAUGACGUGGAGGUCAACACCAAGAAGGCAGAGUCAGAAAUGGCCUAUCAGCUUCAGGUGGCCAAGACCAAACAGCUCAUCGAGGAGGAGAAAAUGCAAGUUCAGGUUGUGGAGCGAAGCCAGCAGAUCAUGCUGCAGGAGCAGGAGAUAGUCCGCAAGGAGAAGGAGCUGGAGGCCAAAAUCAAGAAGCCUGCCGAGGCUGAGAAGUAUCGUCUGGAGAGGCUGGCUGAGGCUCAGCGCGCGCAGCUCAUCCUGGAGGCCGAAGCGGAGGCAGAGUCCAUCAGAAUGAAGGGCGAGGCUGAGGCGUUCGCCCUGGAGGCAAAGGGCCGUGCCGAGGCAGAGCAGAUGGCCAAGAAGGCGGAGGCCUUCAAGCAGUACGGCGACAGCGCCAUGGUGGACAUGUUGCUGGAGAAACUACCGCUGAUGGCAGAGGAGAUCAGCAAGCCGCUGUCAUUAGCCAAGAAGAUCACCAUGGUGUCCAGCGGCGGCUCGGACGUGGGAGCGGCCAAGUUGGCAGGCGAGGUCUUGGACAUCAUGACCAAGGUGCCAUCAGCUGUGGAGAAACUGACUGGAAUAGACAUUUCCCAGGUUACAGGACAGUCCCUGCGCGUACACUAAGAAGACGUGGAGCAUCAGGCCUCCUCUCGCCGUGCCUCAAUAACCACUCUCAUCACUCUGAGUGCAUGCAGAUGUGUCUCCUCUUCCUCCUUUUCAUAUCUCGUAAGUGCUGGCGUUUGAACCGCGUGGUUCUUUAAGUCCCCCGAAGAUCCGUUUAGCUUGAGAUGGUUUAGUGUUUGCAUUCAUUGUGGCAUCAAAAGUGUUUGUGUUCAGGUGUGCUAGAUGUCAGCUGUAGUUUUUUAGAUCACUGUUAACUUAUGCACUACACUAACUGAGCGGCAAACAUGUUACCACCACCAUGACAAGAAAACAAGUGGUAAUAUUCUGAGAAUAUUGUCACAAUUUGACAAAGGUUGUGAUACUGCAAGAAUAAAAUUGUAUUAUUACAAGAAUAGUCAGAAUUAUGAGGGGGGAAAAAAGUGGUGAUAAUUCAAGACAAAUUUGUGGGGGUAAUCGUGACAGGAUGUUUCGCAAGAAUGAAAUUAGAAUAUUACAAAAUUAUACUUGUAUAUAUUCCACCAGAAAACAGUAUUAUGAGAAUCUUGUUGCAAAAAUAAAGUUGCAAUAUUACUGAGAUAAGUGACAAUUUUUGUAAGAAAAAUCCUCAGAAUACUAUAAUAUAAUAAUGGUCCAAAAAUAUUUAGUGUCUAAAAUCUACAAUUAUGCCCCCAUAAAAAAAAAUACAUUUGUUAUAAUAUUGUAGGAUUUAUGAGGCAAUUGUGUGAGGGAAAAUAAGUGAAGCAUAUUUAAAGGAACAGCUGCAUUAUUAUUAAGUAUGUAAUUAUAAUAAUCCUGUAAUGUUUUUUUCUUGUAAAAUGACCUUAUUUCAGAAUUGCAUUACAUUUUUCUCCUCAUCGUGGCUGUAACAAUUCUGAUUCGGGAUUUUGUCUGGCGUCUCAGAUUGAUAAAGGAAGUGGUUGUUAAGAGCAGGCUAUAAAGGAAGUGGUUGUUAAGAGCAGGCUGGUUGUGUUUUUGGCAGGAGAGUGGGAGGUCCUCCUGACUAGCAAAGGAAGUCAACAUUGUUACAUACAGUACACUUUGAAAUGUCGCGUACCUUUGACUAAUUCUUCAUGUUUGUAAGAAUGCCGACUAACACUUAGAAGUCCUGUGAAAGUUAGUUAGUCUCGUAAAGCUGCAUGUCAUUUUUAACAAGUUUUCUAACGCUUUACUAACCAUCCAAAGCUGCAAUGCAUCUCAUCACCGUGAAGUGCCUGGGUCAAGCGAGAUGAACUCCAAAAAAACCAACAAUGUCAGACCUCUUGUGUUCAGCUUGUCAGGGAAUAAAUAUAUCACCUUAUAUCCCAACUGGUAUAAGCCAUAAAUGGAAUUUACUUAUCCUGUUUAUCACGUUGUUGCAUGUGUAGCCUCGAAUCCGCAUUUAUCUGUAUUAAUAAAAAGUGUGCUACGA